GCAUCCACUGUAUUCCAAAACGCCGGGCUUGUCGAAUACCAUCCCGGAAACGUACCAUCCUCUAUACCCGUCCCAAACCGUCCCGAAAAUCAAUUCCCAAAGGACCAACAAGAAUGACUACCCACCACCCCCGCACCCUGCCCGUGAUCCUCAUCACCGGCACCCCCGGUACCGGCAAAACCCUCCACUCCCAGCUCGUCGUCAACGAACUGACAGAAGACGGUACGCCGAUGAAGCACUUGAACAUCGGCGAUAUCGUCAAGGAGCACGGGUUCCAUGAGGGGUGGGAUGAAGAGUGGAAUUGCUGGGUGGUGGAUGAAGAGAGGUUGUUGGAUUGGAUGGAGGAGGUUAUUAACCCGAGAGAUGGGCCUGCGCAGACUGGUUUCGUCAUUGACCACCACGACCCGUCUCUGUUCCCUGAAAGAUGGGUGGACUUGGCCGUCGUCCUCACAUGCGACAAUUCCAUUCUGCAUGACCGACUGACUUCAAGAAACUACCCCGAGAAGAAGGUUACCGAAAACGUCACUGCCGAAAUCAUGAUGACCUGCAUCAACGAGACGCGCGAGUCUUAUGCUGAAGAGAUUGUCGUCGAGCUGAAAAGCGAGGGCCAGUCGGAUGGGGAGGUGGAUGAGAAUGUGGGGAGGAUAGCGCAGUGGGCUGUGAACUGGAAGGACCAGCAGGAAUAGGUGCUUUUGCGGUUUGAGAAGGACAGGAAUAGAGACUUUCACGGUGUUGGAAGGCUUGUAAUUUAGACGUUUGCGCUUUUACGAUUCAGUACAAGAGCAAGCGGGAAAGGUUGGAUUAUGUAUCAUUAUUAUGUGCA